AUGCAACGAGUUACCCGACCGAACCCGCCGCGUCGCGUCUGUCCGUCUUGUUUCCGGGGUCUCCCGGUCCGGAUCACGCUCUCCCAGAGCCACCUCGGCAACAAGGGGAAACUAGAGACCGCCGAAAUCAGCGAGGUGCACCUUCUCCGUUUCUCCAAGAAUGCCGAGCGACCGGAGCUUGGGAUCCCGGAACAGUGUGGCGAUUGCGGGAAAGGCUCCCAUUUCCCGUCUGCCCUGGAUACUCAUCGGCACAGCCAGACUGGGGAGAGGCCAUUCCCCUGCCCUGACUGUGGGAAGGGCUUCAGCAAUUCCACCAACCUCCACACCCACCAGCGGGUCCACAUGGGGGAGAGGCCUUUCAGCUGCCACGAGUGUGGGAAGGCCUUUUCCCAGGCCUCCAACCUCCAGACCCAUCGGCGUGUCCACAUGGGGGAGAGGCCCUUCAGCUGCCCCGAGUGUGGGAAGGCCUUCAGCAAUUCCUCCCACCUGCUGAGGCACCAGCGAGUCCACACGGGGGAGAGGCCCUUCAGCUGCCCCGAGUGUGGGAAGGCCUUCAGCAAUUCUUCCCACCUGCGGAGCCACCAGUGGGUCCACACCGGGGAGAAGCUCUUCAGCUGCCCUGAGUGUGGAAAGGCCUUCAGCAAUUCUUCCCACCUGCUGAGGCACCAGUGGGUCCACACCGGGGAGAAGCCCUUCAGCUGUCCUGAGUGCGGGAAGGCCUUUAGUAAUUCCUCCGCCCUGCUGAGGCACCAGCAGGUCCAUACGGGGGAGAGGCCCUUCAGCUGCCCUGAGUGCAGGAAGGCCUUCACCAAUUCUUCUAACCUGUUAAGCCACCAGCAGGUCCACACUGGGAAGAGGCUGUUCCCUUGCACAGAGUGUGGGAAGGCCUUCAGGUAUUCUUCUCACUUACUGACCCACUGGCGGGUCCACACCGGGGAGAGGCCCUUCAGCUGCCCCGAGUGUGGGAAGGCCUUCAGGCAUUCCACCAACCUGCUGACCCACUGGCGGGUCCACACAGGGGAGAGGCCGUUCCCUUGCCACGAGUGUGGGAAGGCCUUCAGCAAUUCCUCUAACCUGCUGAGGCACCAGCGGGUCCACACGGGGGAGAGGCCCUUCAGCUGCCCCAAGUGCAGGAGGGCCUUCACCCGCUCCUCGUACCUGCUGAAGCACCAGCGAGUUCAUCUAUACGGCCUGGAAAGAGGAAUUCACAGCAGGGAGUGGCUCCAAACUUUGGCCAUGGAGAAACCCGAGGAAUCCCACCUCUUGGAGAAACCGUGGAAGUGUGGUGACUGCGGGAAAGGCUUCCCUUUCCCAUCUUCCCUGGAGAUUCACCAGCGUAGUCACACCAGGCAGAAGCCGUUCACCUGCCCUGUCUGUGGGAAGGCCUUCAGACAUUCCUCCACCCUGCUGACCCACCAGCGGAUCCACACUGGGGAGAGGCCGUACAGCUGCCCUGAGUGCGGGAAGGCCUUUACCCAGGUCUCUGGACUGAUAAACCACCAGUGGGUCCACACGGGGGAGAGGCCCUUCAGCUGCCCAGAGUGCAGGAAGGCCUUCAGCAAUUCCUCCUCUCUGCUGAGGCACCAGCGCGUCCACACAGGGGAGAGACCCUUCAACUGCCCCGAGUGCAGGAAAGCCUUCAGCAAUUCCUCCGCCCUGCUCAGGCACCAGCGGGUCCACACUGGGGAGAGGCCCUUCAGCUGCACUGAGUGCGGGAAGACUUUCAGCAAUUCCUCCACCCUGCUGACUCACUGGCGGGUCCACACAGGGGAAAGACCCUUCAGCUGUCCCACGUGCGGGAAGGCCUUCAGCAAUUCUUCCGACAGGCUGACCCACCAGCGGGUCCACACUGGCGAGAGGCCAUUCCCCUGCCCCGAGUGUGGGAAGGCCUUCACCCGCUCCUCCCACCUCCGGAGGCACCAGCGAGUUCAUGUACCAUCGCAGGGGGAUUGAAGGAGCGACGGCUGAGUGCCAUUAUCGAUUGGACUAUCAACCCAGUUCCAGGGGCUCCCGGGUUUGAAUCCCGCCGCGGCAGAUGGCUCUAUACAGGGUAUGGGUUGAAAUUGCUGAGUGAGGCAAUACUUCCUCCGGGUUACGGCUGUACCAAGAUCCAAUUAGAAAGGGACAUCUCUGUGCUGACCAAUAGUAAAGACAGUGAGGUUGGGUGGGGGUAUAGGCGUGAGUGGGUGUGCCUUGACCUUGAGCUGUUUAAAAAGCAGCUACUUUUUCUCUGCCUUUUUGCUGAGGGGGAUUUGAAGCUUUCACAAA